AUGUCUCUGCCUGAUCCCGAUCGCUUCGUUCUCAUGCCUUCGCCGACCUCCGAGCCACAGCCUCAACGGGCCCCUCCACGACUGCUGCGGCGAAGAUUGUCUUUGGCUCUGUUCAUCACCGUCGCGGCCUUUCUGACGCUCCUUUUGCUGCACCGGAUAAGGAAUGAAGUCUGUGGAAGAUCUACGUUUCUCGCUGCCGCCGGUUUCUGCCCGGUGCUCUCCAAUGUCCAUUGGGAUUUAUUCUAUCAUUUGGGCGGGAACGGGCCUUGGAUCCCAAAAAUUAACGGGGUGGACUACUCUGACGCAUUACUCCCGGAUGAUUGUUCUGUGGAUCAGGCGCAUAUGUUGUCCCGUCAUGCCGAAAGAUAUCCAACGAAGAAUGCAGGUGCUCGUCAUUUCGAUCUCCUAGAACGACUUCAAAGUCCCGCUGUAAAUGUGACGGGCCCAUUGUCGUUUCUCACUACUUGGACCUAUUUCACAGAUCCCUCGGAUCCAGCUUUCGACAACUUGACUACGUCUGGACCAUAUGCAGGAACGAUUCAGUCCUUCAAUACUGGGAAAAUUCUCCGACAGCGUUACGAUCACCUAGUACCCAGGACAGGACGGACCAAGCUAUGGUCCUGUAGUUCCGAAAGAGACGUCGAGACCGCCAAAAUGUUCGCGGAUGGAUUUUUUGGUACUCAGUGGACUUCAGAUGGUUCGGCAGAGCUCGAGGUCAUCCCUGAAGAUGAGGAUAGGGGAGCUAACACACUGACUCCGGGUGACACCUGUUCCCAGUAUCUCGGCGAUGAAAAAUAUGGCCAUGAUUACGGUUACAGCAAACUCGCCGAGUGGCAAAACGUGUUUACUGAGCCAAUUGCCAAAAGACUUGCAAAAUAUGCCACAGGAAUGCGAUUCGGACCUUUGGACAUCUACAGCAUGAUGGAAAUGUGUGGCUUUGAGACAUUGGCCAGGGGUGUUAGUCCCUGGUGCAACGUGUUCACACAUAAGGAGUGGCUGGAGUUUGAAUAUGCUCGAGACCUCUUACAUUUCUACCGAGCUGGUCCAGGAAAUUCAUAUGCAGGAGCAAUGGGAUUGCUGUGGUUGAAUGCUACCCAAAACCUCAUGUCGAAUGGCUCUUCGAAAGAUGUCUACUUCAGUUUCGUCCACGACGGCGACAUCGUGCCGGUGUUGGCGACUUUGGAGAUCUUCAACGAAGAGCUAGUUCCGCAGAAACUGCCGGCCAACCACAUGAAGAUGGAUCGACGUUGGAGGACGAGUGACGUAGUGCCAAUGGGUGGUCGAUUGAUAUUCGAACGGAUUACUUGCGGAAAAACUUUCAAGUCGGCUGCCACAGAGCAUUUCGUGCGACUCUUCAUCAAUGACGGGCUGGUGGAGGUGCCACGCCAACGUUCAGUCACAAAGAUAAAGCAUGCACUCCGGCUGGCAGACUUUCAAGACUUCUUAGCCUCGCAAAGGGAGCAUUUUGGCGAUUUCCGAACGGUUUGUUCUCUACCUGACGACGCCGCGGAUGGAAUUAGGUUUUUGCAUCAAUAG